AUGGUUAAACGCUCAAUUGGAGACAAUAGCAGCUGUGAUGCUACUGGUCACAAGACUAGGUCACAAUUACCUAGGCCCGAACAUAAUCUAGGGAAAAUUAUUAACAACCGCAUCCAGCUCACUGGCCUCAUUGGUACUGGUGAGUAUGGUACUGUAUACUCAGCUGUUGAUAUUUACAGCCGAGAGAAGCUCGCAGUCAAAGCACUUCCUAGGCAACUUUCAGCAAUUGGUGCAAAUGGCCCAUCAACAAAACGUAGACGAGUUGCCAGCUCUCAAGAUGAAAGAUAUAUUGAUGCUGAUUAUGCGUCGUUUGAUAAAGUGACUGCAUUCUCAAACCUCUAUCCCACUGACAGGGCUUAUAGAGAGGCUGCUUUGCAUUUGAGAGUUCAUGGUCACCCCAAUAUUCUUAGUAUUCUGGAAAUUCUAGAGUCAGUACAAUAUCUGUUUUUGGUUCUAGAUUACUAUCCUCGGGGUGACUUAUUUCAUUGCAUUACAGACUUGCGAUGGUACGUGGGGGAUGAUACCAGUGCUCGAGCCAUUUUCAGUCAGCUUGCUGAUGCAGUAACGUUUUGUCACAAAAAUGGUGUUUAUCACUGUGAUUUGAAGCCUGAGAAUGUUCUCGUCAGUGAUGACGGUUCAACCAUUCGUUUGGCUGACUUUGGAUUAGCUACAACUCAGAUGCUAAGUUCAGACUUUGGCUGUGGCUCUACUUUUUACAUGUCACCAGAGAGAAUCAGUCAUAGUGGAGAACAAGCUCGAGUGGGAGCUUAUUUCUCAACAAUUGCAGCCGAUGUAUGGGCCCUUGGUGUCAUCCUACUAAAUCUCACCUGUGGGCGAAAUCCUUGGAGGAAGGCAUCAAAGUUUGAUGACAACUCAUACAAGGCGUUUCUUCGAGAUAGUCAUUUCUUGCAAAGAAUAUUGCCAGUGUCGUCUGAUUUAAACGCCAUUUUAUUACGUGUUUUCACUCCUUCUGCACGAACCCGCAUCAGUCCUGAGUCUUUACACUGGCUGGUUGUCACUUGCAAACACCUCACUGUUACAAAUCAACCCCCAGUUCCAUCCAAUGUUGCCGCCCCACCAACUGUUACACCAGUGACCACUGCUAGUUAUCACAAAACUCCGGUUAUUGGUGCAAGUGUACUACCACCAACACCUAUCGCAUCACCUUUAUCCACAUCUGACGAUUCAUUGCCUAGCACAAAACAAAAUAUCCUACCGCCAACCCAAACCAAGACAAUCCCAACGCAAAGUACAACUUCUCCAAAGGCUCUUGACUCGAGAGCACUUGGCUCGGCUUCCCCUUCACUAUCACCAACUUCACCAUUGACAGGACUGGGACUUUUGCCAGCCCCCAAAUUCAAUAGUGGUGCAGUCUUACCCCCGAUCAGUACCCUAGACCUGUCCUCCAAUGCAUAUAUGAGAACUCCUAGAACGAGUCCGAUUCAUGGUUCUCACAGCUUCCCUCCUGCUCCUACUCAUAGUCGCCAACCAAUAACCACCGACCAACUUCCUCUCACACCAAUUCUAUCGUGA